AUGACCUGCCUGUUUACGCAGCCGUGGUCGACGGCGCUCUGGCUCCUGCCGCUGGUUCUGUCUGCUGCCAGCCAGUCCUCGGCAGGUGACAACAAGGAGCAGCCAAAGGCCACCGCGGCGGCGGGAACCCGCUCCAGGCGCAAUGCCCUGGAAGAGCUGCAGUCCCAGAUCCGCUGGGAGUACGGCGGCUGGCGGCCCAUCAUGCCCGGCAGCCCCUUCUUCUUCGUGAAGACGAGCCGCGCCGUGCCGCUGGACGGCAGCGCUUCGGCACUCACGCCCGUCAGGAUGCGCGCGCCGCAGCUGCACAACAGUCUCCUCAAGGACGACUCCAAGGAAGACCUGAAGGCGGAAGCCUCCAGCGCAUCGGAACGGGUAGCCGAGUCGCAGUCCAUUGCUCGCCAGGUCCCGAUAGGCAGCCCGCCUGUCGGCAGCGCUGCGGGAUGCUGUGACUUUCAGCCGGUGCUAUACGUCAAGCACCAAUCGCACUCCGGUCAACAAGCAAAAGGUUCGAGCCCGGCGUGGUACGCCGCAAAACCAGAAACCAACUUGGCGGGAGACGACGACGAUGACUACCAGAAGGACGCCGGAAAGCCCGAGGGCAGCGACGAUCUCAAGUCGAGUGGCUCGCAAAUCGUGCACGGAAGCCCCAUAGGAGACGAGAGGCCCCAACUACCUCACCAACUUCUUCAGGACGGUUCGGACCCUCACGCGUCGGGUCCCUCACCGUUGGGCCUCGAGAGCGUAUUGAGUAAACUGCCGGUCAACAUCCACCCCGUGCUUCAAGGUCAGGGCGAGCAGAUCAUGUCGGCCCUGGCGGGCCUGGACGGAAGCAUCCAGCCGUCCAACAUCGAGCAGCUGCUACAACACGUGCACGCGUCGGGCGGAGUAGCGCCGGACGUGGAACGUCUCAUAGCAGCCAUGGUAAACUCAGCUCACGGCGGUCAAGGCCACGGACCUGGAUUGGGUGGUCCCGAAGCCCACCAGGAUGUGUCAGUACAGGGCCUACCACCUGGCGUCCCGCUCGCCCACCCGGGACCUGGUGGCCAGUACGGUGAGCAUCCGACGGCUCCGCCGUACCACCCGCGCCCCGACAAGAACAUCUUCCGCUGGUACCCUAAGCCGAGGGCUACCGCGCCGCCGCCACACAAGCCUACUUACACGGAGAUGCCCAAAAAGCCCGGAGAGAUGAACAGAAAGCAACAAAAUUCACAGGGCAAGAACUACGGCGGGGGAGGCAUGAACGAGCAGAUGCUCGUGCAGAACGCGCUGCACGCCAUGCAGAACGUGCAGCAUCAAGUUAUGGGGGCCACGCCCGUGCACUUGGCUGUCGUUCAGGGUCCCAUCCUAACGGGCAACGGAGUUCAAUUUCCACAUCCGGGCCCGUUGCAGCAGCUGGAGGCUCCUCCAUUGGCUCACCAUUACAGCGGACUGGAUGGCGAUGUUGCUCACGCGGACAGUCAACAGCACUUCGUCACUGCCAGGCCUCACGAUCCUCCCAACUUUGAUCGGCAAGCACCGAGAAGGCCUCCACAGACGUUGCCGCCGCCCCCACCUCCUCCGCCUCCACCGCAGCACCUGCAGCAGCAUCACCACCGCCGAAACGAGACCAGCAUCACCCGCACCAACAGUUACAACAGCACCAUCAAGAGUAUCAGUCUCAACAUCACCAACAGCACCAGCAGCAUUCAGUCCCCUAUCCAGGAUACCAGGAGCACACCAUAA